AUGUCAGCUCCUAAGAAGACUUCUAAAUCUAAAUUUAUUUCUGAAGACUUGAGUGACUUUAUUAAUGAAUCCCAAUUUUUAAAUGAAUCUCCCAAAAAUAAAAAGCAACCAAGGCGAAGAACUGAUACACUAGAAAAAGAAAAUCCUAAUGUUAUUGGACAUAUGGUAAACAAAAAGAAAAAGUUAAAUGAAGGAAUAGAAGCUUGUGGGGAAUCUCGCCAAAAAAUACUGAAUGUCAUGGGUAAACAAUUGGAUUCCAGAAAGCAAAUACAUGAUAAUUUGUUGAAAAGUUUAUCUGAUGUUUUAUCACACUUUGAAACUGAUUACAAUGUUUUAAAAGAAAAUGAACAAAAAUUGGAACACCUCACAGGGUCUUUUAUGAAAUGUAUGCAACAAGCUACUGCUGCUCAUAAACAAAAGCUGAGAGCAUUAAAAGAAAUCCAUUCAACAUUUAAGAAAGAAUGUGAAGAAACAGAAGCUGAUCAAAAAGCUGAGAUGGACCAACUCGGUGAUGAAUUGGAAGAGGAUAUUAAUAAAUUAAAGCAGAAGUUAAUAACUGAAACAAAAAGAACUGGUUGGGAAACCUUACGAAGAUCCUUCCUCCAAGCUAUGCAAAAUGACUUU